UUUGCCAAAAAGUUUAAUCAAAAUCACAGAGCAAAGCAACAAAAUAUUACUGCACGGUGCCUUGAGGUAACAAGAAGCAUUAGGGCUGAAAACAUACCACCCAACACACCCAGCGACUAUAUCACUGUCUACUUUGAAAACAAGAAGAAUGGAGGGGCACAAGUGGUGGAUGUUCAGCAGCUGCCUGAUGAAGAUGCAGCCAUCAUUACAUUCAGCGACCAUAAAGACGUAACCAAUAUCUUGGGAAAGCAGCAUUUACUCAACAAAACACCCAUCUCUGUCUAUCCUUACUAUGUUUCGCUGGGAACAGCUCUGUAUGGAAAAGAAGGGCCACAAAUAAAGAAGCUGGAUCCAAUUACAGUGCCUCUGGAUCCACAUAUCUGGCAUUACUUGCAGAGAAAUAAUAAGCUAACUGAGGCAAUAAAUUGUGAAAUGGCAAAGUGUAACUGUGUGCCAGUGUGGCCUGAACCCGGCUGUGCAGACCCAGAAGUUACUUUGCAUCCUUCACCUACUUUGUCUGUGCAGAAGAGACUGGUAUCUCGAUUGAUCAAGACGUGGAAAGAAAAUGUUUCCACAGCAUUUUCAUGUAGCAUAUCGAAGUACAAAGUGAUCAAAUGUCACGUAAGCGCAGAGGUGUGGGAAGCCAUUAGAAACAGCUUUAUCUGUGAGGAAGUUCUGAUAAUCCCAUGUACUUCCAAGGAGUUACUUGUUCUAGUAGGUGAAAAAGAAGUUGUGAAGAAUGUUGAGCAAGAACUGAAGUUUCUGAUAGAACAGGCCACCAGAGAAAUUGAAAGAGAAAAGCAGAGAAUGGAAGAAAUGGUGGUAAUGAGUCCAGGGGAAUAUGCACUUUUACAGAUUGCUGGUCUCGAAGAAAAAUUUCGUAUGGAGUUCCCAGCCCUGCAGAUAACUUAUGAUCCUUUGCAGAAGAUAAUUAACUUAUGUGGAAUGCCUGAGGAAGUUUAUAAAGUAAAAGGGGAAAUAUUAGACAAUAUACGUAAUAUGGUAAAGAAAACAGUUAGUAUUCACCCUUAUAUUUUCCAGUUUUUAGAGUGUGUUGAUAACGAAACCCUGUCACAGAGCCUGUUUAUGUCAAAAGAAAUCAGUGCCUUUUAUGAGCUUGGCACAGAAGCUGUCAUCUUGAAAGGCAGCGCUCUUGAAGAUCUCCUGAAAGCAGAAGAGGAAAUAAAGAAGGAGCUGGACUACAAAAGCAUUACUUUGGAGGAUGAGUCGGUCCUCCAGAAGAAGGAAUGGGUGUUUCUCGCCAAGCAAAACUGCUCUAAUGAAGCUGUAAAAGUCAUUCAGGCAGAGGGUCAGGUCAUUGUUGCUGGUUGUUCUCAAGAAGUAGCAAAAGUCGCUGAGGAAAUUUCUGACUUCAUAGAUGAAAACACACAAGUACGAAAGGUCGUUGGAGGAAAGCCUGUGGCAGUCAUAAUGUUCUUUGAGAAAGAGAAGACCAACGUUUGGGGUGACUUGGAGAAAAAAGGGGUGAAAGUUGACUUCAUCACAGAGAAGAAAUGUAGAGUUAUAUCCCUGAGCGGGCCGAGAAGAGAAGUGCUGAAGGGAGUCACCUUAGUUGAGCAAAUUCUGUCUGGCCUGCAUUAUAAGCGUUUGGUAAUUAGAGAGCCAGGAGCCAAGUUGUAUUUCAAAGAGCGAGAACGCUUUUUUGCUGCCACUGCAAAUCAAGACUUUAGGUGUCUAGUCAGGCUGGAAGAGCUGUCGGAAGAACAGCUGGAAGAACGGCAAGAACAUAGCGAUACAGGCAAGCCUUACUCGCAGGUGACCGUAGGUGGGGUUGUAAUAGCAGUUUAUACAGCUAACUUGUGCACUCAUCCUGUUGAUGUUGUGGUAAAUGCAUCUAACGAAGACUUAAAACACAUCGGGGGCCUUGCUGAGGCGCUGUUAAAAGCGGCAGGUCCAGAGCUGCAGCAGGAGUGCGAUGAGGCGAGGAAGAGCAGGAUUCUGCAGCCUGGGUGCGCAGUUAUCACGGGCGCCGGGAAGCUCCCCUGCAAGAAUGUCAUCCAUGCCGUUGGGCCCAGGUGGAGGAAGGAGGAAGCGGAGAAGUGCGUGCUCUUGUUGAGGAAGACGGUGAAGAAAAGCCUGCAGCUAGCUGAAACGUACAAUCAUCGUUCCAUAGCUCUGCCCGCGAUAAGCGGGGGGAUUUUUGGCUUCCCGCUGGAACUGUGUACAUAUUCCAUUGUAUCCUCCAUCAAAGAGACCUUGGAAGAAUCCAUGGGGGAGAGCAGCUUGAAGGAGGUUCAUCUCGUGGAUAUUGUACAGGAUAACGUUCAGGCUUUCAGCAAGGCGCUGAGAGAAGUGUUUUCAGAUUAUUCACCUUACAGCUCACUGCGUCUGACCAGUACAGUUCAUCAGCCUAGGAAAAGCAAAAUUUCUCCAAAUAGCAAGAACUUCCCCUUGGUGACAACUGAGGAAGGCCUUGACAUCAUGCUGAAAAAAGGAAGCAUUGAAGAUGUUAAA